UGAACUGCGCCCUUUAAAGUCUCCGUCUAACCUCGAACACAAAUGCAAAAGAUCAUCCUCAUCUGAAUUAUCAAUAGGCUGCAUCAUCGCUCAUCUUCCCCUCAUCAUCUCCCGCACCUUCUCCCUCCCUCUCUGUCUGUCCAUCUCCUCCCUCUGCGCCUUUUUUACGCACAAAACAAGUCGGAGCGCACACACACGGCUGGCGGAGAAAACAGGAGAGACAAUAGACAAUAGUUUGGGUCAUCAUGGUAUUUGGAUUUUUACCGUAGGGCAACAUGCACGCCGGACUGUGACGUACAGGUGAACAAUCCGUAAACGCUUCUGUUCAUUUGCUGGCCGAAAGUUUCCCCAGUUUUUAAUGUUGCCAACCGAGAUUUCAGGAGGAGUGUGUUUCACCUCAAGCAGUCACACUGAGGGAAGGAGAGAAGGGAUGAAAACAGAGGAGAGCCAUCAGUCCUGUCUGCAGCAGCCUCCAUCCUCGACGCCUUUUGGUCCGGAGUACACGGGAGGGGGAGAGGUGUGCGCGGGCUGCGACUCUCCCAUCGCAGACCGCUUCCUGCUGCGCGUGAACGAGCGCUCCUGGCACGAGACCUGCGUCAAGUGCACCGUGUGUUUGAGCGCGCUCACCGGGACCUGUUACUGCAGGGACCGCCUGCUCUACUGCAAGCUCGACUAUGAGAAGCUGUUUGUAAGGAAGUGCAGCGCCUGUCUGCAGGUGAUUGGACGUUCAGAGCUGAUAAUGCGCGUGCUAGGCCAGGUGUACCACCUGGGCUGCUUCAGCUGCUGUGAGUGUGAACGCCGGCUGCAGAGGGGUGAUGAGUUUGUGCUGAAAGAAGGCCAGCUGCUCUGUCGCAUGGACUAUGAGAAGGAGAGGGAAAUGCUUGCUGCCAUUAGUCCCACACCAACUGAAUCAGUGAAAAGUGAGGACGAGGACGGUGGAGGGGGAUCUGGUGGGGGGAAGGCUGGUGAUGAAGGCAAGGAGCACAAGCGUUCGAAACGACCACGCACUAUCUUGACCACACAGCAGCGCCGUGCUUUCAAGGCCUCCUUUGAAGUGUCUGCUAAGCCUUGCCGCAAGGUGAGGGAGACACUGGCUGCUGAGACUGGGCUGACAGUGCGAGUGGUGCAGGUGUGGUUUCAAAACCAGAGGGCCAAGAUGAAGAAGAUAGCUCGGCGACAGCAGCAACAGCAGCAACAGCAGCAGGAACAAGAACAGCUGGGAGGGACCAGGAGAGGACCGAGUAGAGGGGGCCGCCAGAGCAACGAUGACAGUGAGGAUGGCUCUAGUACCCAUGGCAUGGAUGGGAUCCUGGGAUAUCCCUCUCUGCCUCGGCAGCAACUACUCACUCUGGACCCCAACAUCUAUGGUGGAGAGCCAUUUCGACAUGGGCUUACACCACCUCAGCUGAGCAAUGAGCAGCUCCACUCUUAUGACUCAGAGACAGUGUUCCACGACCUGGACAGCGAUGGAAGCCUCGGUCACCUUGGCGACUGCCUCCUAGCAACAGGGGAGGGUGGCCUCCUGCCAGGGCGAGUGGGAAACCCCAUCGACCGUCUCUACUCCAUGCAGAACUCCUACUUCACCUCCUGACCCUUAUAAACUCUCACCCUCCCCCUCCUCUUUCACCUCUCACCUCAGAGAUGCAGCUAAUGGAGUCUGUCCAUCAACAUGCCUGUGGGACCACUCUCCAUGAAACAGCCUACACCCAAACAUCCCCUUAUCACCGACAAAAAUCAUCACAAGUCAAUCAUAAUAAUAAUAACACUUUACAGCAGAUUAGCAUAAUGUUCCCAUCAUCUUUCUUAGAUAAGAAUCACAUGCUGGAAAUACAGACACUGUAAAUGUCCAAGAUAUGUAAAGGGGCCUAAGUUUCUCCUGUUGUAUUUAUGUAAUGUUCAAUGAAAUGAAUGAGUUACAUGGCACUUUUAAACAAAAAAACAAACAAAAACAAACAAAAGACACAUAUUGAUAUGUAUAUCAUGAAUUACAGCUGAUAAUUGGUUGUUGAAAGUGAAUUCAUCAAGCAAGUUACAUGUUAGGAGUCUUGGCAGGUCUUAUGAGCAGCUGAGGGUCUAAAUUAAAUGAGUGUAAUUACACUUUUGACAGGACCAGUGAUUAGUUCUUGUGCGUGAAAGACUGCAGCGUAUACAAUACUGUAUAUGGAUUGGAGUACAAUUUUGCUCUCAGGUUAGUGUGUAUGUUUAUGUAACCUGAGCCAUAACUCAGGAUAUUGUGCUGGAUAGGAUUACAAUUUAACUUGCCCAAUGAUUUCAAGAAUGUAGACUGGAAAGAUAAAUUUGAAGUGAACCUCCACAUAAAAUAUUAUUACUACAUAGUUUUUGGUAAUGCAAUGCAUGACAGGUACAAUGCGGACCAAAAAUCACAUUUUUUUUUUUAGCAUUAAGACAACACUACAGGGUCAUUUGAAGAGCCUUAUACGGAAACAGGGUUGUAGAAGGGAUUACUGCUUUAGCUUUCCCUUUUCUUUUAUAAUAUAAUCACCAAUAAGCAGCGCAAACAGCAAAUAACAACCAAUGGAUCUAUAUUGCCCAAAACUUAGGACACUGGGUACAUAAUGAUGUGCUCCAAAUGUAAAUGUGAGUAUGACUGUGUUACAAUUAAUUGUUGUAGUCACCUUCUGUAAUAAUUUCUUUCUCGAACAUCUCAGAUUAGAUGUUGUUAGGUAGAUAUUUUGUACCUUCUUCUGUGAUAAUCAACAAAUAUUUAAACUGUAGCAUGAUAUUUAUGUGUCACAAAGUAGGUUUAAAUAAAUAGCCUCCAGACUAAAGUUGGAUAGCAAGUCUUGCAGCAAGCAUCAGGAUCAAUCUCACAAUGUGGUGCAGAAUAAAAUAGGAUUAGGGCGAUACUUGUUUCAUUUAGAUGCCAGUGAUCGGCUACAGCUUGUGACAUUCUUUCAUGGCAAUAUGUUUUAACUCUGAUCACCGACUCAUGGUAUUUUUACAGUGAUAUUUUUGUGAAUGUAACUUAUUUGUGCGGUAUUAGGUGAGUUUCUAUCUAACUUUUAUGUUCAGUGACUGCCAGGUGAUGUGCUUUGAAUGUAAUGUUGCCGUAUCUUCAAUACAAUCUGCGGUUUCAUCUUUGAA